AUGAGUCUUCGGACCCUACAAGAAUUGCAGAAAGAUACUGUCUUCCAGCAAACUCUCGUUACAUCUGCUCUCGACCAGACAUUGCUUGGUCUCAAUUAUCUACACGAUGCGGAUGUGAUUCAUACCGGUAACUUGAACCCCCAUCUGUCAAAGAGUCUUACUGACAGUGCAGACAUUCACUCGGACAAUCUUCUUGUUGCAUUAACCGACGACUCGAUCCUCUCUACUGUGGAAGACAAUGAGUUUCACCGGCCCUCAGCACGAAAGUUUGUCGACGAUACAGUCAUUCACGUCUCACAGUAUAUGCUCGGAGGUGCUGGCGCCCUCACAAUCUGCGAUCUCGGACAGGCACGUAUCGGCAAGGUGCAUCGCGGUAAUGCAAUGCCGCUGCCAUAUCGUGCUCCCGAGGUCGUCCUCGGCAUGACUUGGGGUAACUCGGUGGACGUUUGGAGCGUGGGGCUUUUGGCCUGGGACCUAUUGCACAAGAACGGAAUCUUCCGUGUGUACGACAAAUCUGAAGAGCUCAAUAACGCCCAUCAUUUAGCGGCAAUAACCGCGCUGCUUGGACCACCGCCGGAUGUUUUCCUCAGGAGGAGCGAUAAGACGCGCAAGUAUUGGGAUGCUGAGGGGAAAUGGAACGGCCCUGUUCCUCUUCCUUCUGUAGGUGAACUCAAGUCGCUGGACACAAACUUGUCUGGAGAGGAUAGAGCUCGAUUUCUAGACUUCUUGGCCGGCGUGCUUACCUGGCUCCCGGAAGAUCGGCUUAAUAGUGCCGAAGCAUACUUUCACCCGUGGUUGAGAGAAGAAGGUGUCGUUAAAUAA